UGUGUACAUAGUCACCGAGCUGUGCAAAGGUAGAGAUUUAUUUCAUAUGUACUGUAAGAAAAAUACAGUUAUGAACGAAUAUGACUGAGCUGUGCUAGCUAAGACCCUGAUCAAAGCACUGAUUCAUUGCCAUGCUGAAGGAGUAGUCCAUCGUGAUAUCAAACUUGAGAACAUCAUGUUCAUUGAUGAAGAAGAGACUGACUUUUCUAGUGUAAAACUGAUUGAUUUCGGACUCUCAGCCAAAUUUCAAGAUCUCAAUUCCCGUAGGUUGAGCAUGGUAGCUGGCUCCCCCUAUUUUACAGCUCCAGAAGUCUUUGAAAAGAAUUAUGAUGAGGCCUGUGAUGUCUGGUCUCUAGGCGUAGUACUAUAUAUCUUGCUAAGUGGAGAGUAUCCCUACAAAGCAGAUGAUUUAUCUGAACUACGUGAGAAACUUAAAGAAAAAGAUGUCGAUUUUCCACUAAGAAAGUGGAAUUUAGCCUCUGAUUCUGUCCAAGAUUUGCUGACAAAAAUGCUAGAUCGUCGACCAGAUACAAGAAUCACCUUUGAAGAAUGACUUGAACAUGAAUGGUUUACUUGCAUCAAGAAUAAGGAAAUUUUUCAAACAGCAAACGAAGAUGAAAUCAAUGAAGUGAUGGAAUCUCUUCAGAAUUACAACUCCCUCACUAUCCUACACAAGGAAGCAAUGUCAGUCUAUGUGAGGACGUUAAACCACUCUGAGUUGAAAAAGCUUGAAUCGAUCUUUAAAGCCCUAGAUAAGGACAACACAGGUUUAUUGAGUCCAUCUGAGCUACAAUCUGCGUUACAAAGUCUUGGUAAGAAGACUUCUGCUUCUGAGAUAAAGUCUCUUAUCUCUCGUGUGGACUAUUUAGGCAAUGGGAAGAUAAACUAUAGCGAAUUUUUAGCAGCUACCAUCAAGGUUAAAGACCUCCUCUCUGAGGACCAAAUCUCGACUCUUUUCGAAAACUUUGAUGUCGAUGGUACUGGCAAGAUCACUGUUGAUAACCUUCAAGAGGCUUUUGCAAAGCAUGGUAAAAAAUUAACGAAGAAGGAGCUUAAAGAGAUCAUUGAGAAACACGAUCUCACUCAUAAUGGAGCAUUAAAUUUCAAGGAGUUUAAAGCUAUGAUGCUACUCAACAUUGAGUUUUAGACCACAGCUGUCUGAGGUUAGAGAUCUGAAUCUGAUUUAUUCAUUUUCAAC